GUCUGGGUAUGUAUCCCAGGCUGGAGUGAAGUUUGCAGUUCUCCUGCCUCAGCUUCCCACAAGAUUGCAGACACCACCACACCAGACCUAUUCAAGUAAAUGGGUCCAGUAAUUGGAAUGACUCCGGAUAAGAGAGCUGAAACUCCAGGAGCUGAAAAGAUUGCAGGACUAAGCCAAAUUUACCAAAUGGGAAGCUUGCCCGAAGCUGUUGAUGCUGCUGGGCCAAAGGCCACUCUGGUAGGCAGUGAGUCAGCAGAUGAUGAACUCACAAAUUUGAACUGGCUUCAUGAAAGUACUAAUCUUCUAACAAACUUCAGCCUCGGAAGUGAAGGUCUUCCAAUGGUUAGUCCAUUGUAUGAUAUAGAGGGAGAUGAUGUGCCAGCUUUUGGGCCAUCUUGCUACCAGAACCCAGAAAAAAAAUCAGCAACUUCAAAGCCCCCAUACUCCUUUAGUCUUCUCAUUUAUAUGGCUAUUGAACACUCUCCAAAUAAAUGUUUGCCUGUCAAAGAAAUUUAUAGCUGGAUUCUGGAUCGCUUCCCAUACUUUGCUACUGCACCAACAGGCUGGAAGAAUUCUGUUCGACAUAAUCUGUCCUUAAACAAAUGUUUUCAAAAAGUGGAAAGAAGCCACAGCAAGGUUAAUUUUGGGGUGACAUUGAUCAAGAUGCUUGUGUUUAUAAACUGUUUUUUUGAAUGUAGUUCUUUAUCACCUCAGUACUUAAGCUCUGUUCUCAAGCAGAACCAAGUGCGAACCCUCAAAGAAUCUGAUAUUGAUGCUGCCACUGCAAUGAUACUUUUAAAUACUUCCAUAGAACAAGGGAUUUUAGAAUGUGAGAAGCCUCUUCCUCUUAAAACAUCAUUGCAAAAAAAGAGGAAUUAUAGCAAUGCAUUUAAUCAUCCCAGUGCUGUGCGAUUACAAGAUAGUGAUUCUUUAGCCACCAGCAUUGAUCCAAAAGAAGAUCACAAUUACAGUGCAAGUAGCAUGGCAGCACAGCGCUGUGCAUCUAGGUCUAGUGUGUCGUCCCUGUCUUCUGUGGAUGAGGUAUAUGAAUUUAUCCCAAAGAGCAGCCAUGUGGGAAGUGGUGGCAGUGAAGGAUUUCAUAGUGAAGAAGACACAGAUGUUGAUUAUGAAGAUGAUCCCCUUGCAGACAGUGGCUAUGCGCCACAGGCUUGUACGGAUAACUCUCAAAAAGGGCAGCCAGGCAAAAAGAUGCGAAAACAGUCAUGUCAAGAAAUUGAUGAGGAGCUCAAAGAAGCAGCUGGAUCUCUGCUCCACCUUGCUGGAAUUCGUACAUGUCUAGGUUCCCUAAUAAGUACUGCAAAGACACAAAGUCAAAAGCAAUGGAAAAAAUAGAAGUACUUAGUAGGUGAAAUUAUUUUAUAGUGUGGCAAUACUCUUCUACUUAAUUCUUUACAAGGGAUAUCAAAGCCAUAAUGGACUUCUUUAGGUUUAGGGUGGGAGAGGGGUGCCAAUUGUUUCUUUCACAAUAUUUUUGGUUGCUUUUUCUUUUUUUAAAAAAUUAAACAGUUGCUGUUAGGAUCAUGCCCAACCAUAAAUAUGUGAUCUAAAUGCUUAAAAACAUAAUUUCUGUGAUAAGUGCUUUCAAGAUUUAGAAAUUUUAAUAUAAGAAAAUCCCUAGCCACUGUCUUAAACUUAUAGGAAAAGCUCUUCUAUUAAUGUGUCACAAUGUAAGAUUUGGCAAGUCUAUAACUUUUUAGUUUUUCUCUCCCAUCUGUAAUUAGCUAUAGUUACUAUCAAUUGCUGAUAUCUUCUUCAUAUAAUCCUUUUCUGACUCCAAUAUAAUAGGUAAGACUAUGAUUUUUAUUUUGUCUUAAAUUAUUUUAUUGUUGUGGCAUGAACGAAGUCCAGUAUGCAUUGGAAAAGAUCCUAAAUAUCUACAAAAUUCUUCUAGAUACAGAAGUAAUAGAAAAGGUAAUUUGGAGAUGUGAUUUCAUCUAAGAAGACCAAUUCCUAUUAUAGUAGUAUUUUUGAAAUGUUUUUACUUCACAAAUAAUGCAUAGCAUUCAUUCAGGCCUUUUAUUCUUUCCCAAAGUGCUUUGCAUCAGUUGUUGAAAUUUUAGUCACUGGCUGUCUUUAUUGAGUAGAAACUAUUCACUGAGUGAAUGCAGCCAUAGAGAGUGUAAUGGGAUAACAUAAUUCUGACAGACUUUUGCAAUAAGAGAAUCUUUCAUUUGCUUUUUUUCCCUCUUUUUCUUCUCUUUCUCUUUUUUUCCAGUACUGGGGAUUGAACUCAGGGCCCUUUCAUGCUUGCUAAACAAGCACUGUACCACUUGAGCCAUGCUCCCAGUCCUAAUUUCCUUCCUAAAUACACUGUUUUCUGAGAGCAUUUUAACAGCAAUGGAAUAUAAUUUUACAUACUUACUACUUAUGUCAUCAUAAGUAAGGUCAUUGAGUAGAAACUUCUUUCCAAGCCUUGUAUGAAUUAAAAUUGUAUAUUGAAAUACUUUUUAAAAGAUUUAGUAAAACUAGAGAUAAAAUAUCUUCAGGGAUUUAAAAACUCAUAUAAAAUUAGGUCUUACACCAAACUCUUUGAAGGGGCAGUGUAAUACCUAUAUGUGCCAUUAAUCCAUGCUAAAAGAUUUUUUAUUACUAUUCCAAAAGUGCAUUGACCAAGGUGAUUUAAGUAUUGAACAAAUCUGCUUGUAUGAGACAGUUUUCAUAUCACUUACAUAGUUUGACUAUAUUAUUUAGAAAGAACGAUGGAUGCUAAUACCAUUAGUUCAUUGUUUCUUAAAACAGCGAGAGCAACUUAUUUAAUUUAUCUCAUGAUACAUCCUCUGUUAUAGACAAUGAUCUUGUUUUUGUUUUUCAUAUAAUUUAUAUGCAUUUAUAUUCAUACAUAUACACAUGCAGUCAAGGAUUCAUAUUGUCAAUUUCUUUCAGUCAUUUUUGUGAUUAAAAGGCAUUUCAUGGAUUUUUUAAAAGAUGAAUGUUUAUAUUUUAACUUAAAUUUUUAUUUGGGUAAAACUCAAAUGAGAAUAAUAAGAAGAGCAUCUUCUUUAGUUGAUAAAUCUUUAGGCCAAGGAUAACGGCAUUAACAUUCUUUGUCCUUUUUCCAUAUUAAUAUAAUUGAGUCUAAAUAGCUAUAUUAAUAGAAUUGGUGCUCUGAAGCAUAAUAAAAUUUUAAUUUGUUAGGUAAUGUAUAGUGAAGUAUUUGGAAUUUCUUCCUCAUAUAUAAUAUAUCUCUAGAAAGUGGCUAAAUGAAAGUAGCCUUUUCUGUGGACAAUGAAUAAACACAAAGAAAAAAUGUUUUUACCACAGCAUAAAAGAUAUUACAGAAAUCAAUUUAAUAACUAUUUCUAAGCUAUUCAUUAUGACCCUGUGGAUAUGUCUUAGUAACAGUGUUUUUGUUUGGGUAAUUGGUUUCUCCUUGCCAUGCUGGGGAUGGAGCUUGAGGCUCUAUCCAUGCUGGGUAAGUGCUCUGUCCCUGAGCCUCACCAUUGCCCAGUUAACAGUGUUGCAGUGAUUUAUUCCACUUUACUUUGUUCAGCUGAAAUUCUCUAUCACAGAUAUUCUUCCUGGUUCCUGUCCAUUAGGUAAUUACUCUUUGUAAGUAAAUGAAAAUGAUCUAAGAUAAGGAAGAGGAAAAGUUAUUCUCAACCCUAAUAGGGAUCUCCAGAGAUCCUUGUCUUAUUAUAUAUAGCAAUAACAUUAAAUUUAUCACUUUUUCCUCUGAGUCUUCAAUGUUCACCUCUCAAAAACUUAAUUGUUAAAGCUACAGUCAUCAUCAGACAACAGUGAAUACAUGUGCACAGAAAGCUGAUGAGAAGAUACACAGGAUUUACAAAAUUUUGCAUUCUUGCAUAAAAUUCAGUAUAUCACUUUCCAUCUGUUAACAUACUACGGCAGUUAUCUUUAAGGGGAAGAACUUUUUUAAUUAUGGUUCCCUUACUAUGGCUUCCAUGGAUAUUAACCUCAUUGCUCAGGUAUGUUGAGAUAGAAACCAUCCAAUUACAGAAAGUCACUCUUAAGUCCUGCGGCCUGGAUUUUGUGUUCCCAGUAAUAAUUAACAAAUAUUGCUGAAAUGAAAACAACUUGGAAACUCCAGAGAGAUGACAUGUUUUUCAACAUAUUUUAAAACUGUGAUUUAAGUUAACGUAAUUUGCCUUACAUCAAAAUAAUAUAAAUUUUGUUGCAGCCAGUUCAUUUGUAAUACAUCUCUAGUAAAAGUUUUAUCUCAACACAAUUAAUCUUCAUCUUUUGCAUCCCCAGUAGAAUCAGUGUUUCUUGACUACACACUUUUGACAUUUAUUUGUGCAAUAUCACCAAAUUAGUUAAUAUUUUACUUUUUAAAUUGAGGGAAAGAAACAUUACCUAUAUUAGUAGAAAGCUGUUAGUGAAUCACCUUUUUCUACUCUGGAGUCUUUCUGUCCUCAAAACCAGCAUGACUUCUACCUUAGAAUCCUUUGUAUAUUGUACGAUGUAAUGUAUAUAUACUAUUUUUCUUUGGCUCCUUUCUGAAGCAUUAUGAAAAGGGUCAUACUAGGUGGUCAGUUAAACUUAUGUUAGCAUAGAUUCAAAGCUUAAGAAAGUGUUCUGGAGGGAACGUGUGUGUCUUGGUAGACCAGGAGGCCUUCCCCAGCAGUUUAAGCAACAGAUGUGAAUACUUCACUAAGCUGUAAAGACUAUUGUCUUAAAUACAAUAACUUAACAUCCUUUUGUGGAGAUUAUAGCAUUUUAAUUUAAAAAAAACCAACUCUGAGGCUUUCUGGUUUACAUGUACUUUAUAGUUUUUUGUUAGUUUGAAAUGUGUAAACUUUGAUUUAAGCAGAGUUUACUUCAAUGUUAAUGAUGUAGUCAAAAUAUUUAUUGAAAGGCAAGAUAGAGUAUUUUAAUGUUGUAUUAAUGUUAUACCUGCCAUCUUUUCCCUAAAGUACAUUCUUUGCAUCUAACUGCCAGUGCCAUUGUCAAAACAAACUUGUUUUUAAAAUUGUUGUACAUUUUUAUUAAACUAAAUGCUUAAUUUUAAAGUAUUAUGUUGCCAUCAUAUAGUGUAUAAAAUGUAUAAUUGCCAUUUCAUUGUAACUUAUUUAUUUUUAAAUGAAAGUAUGAGUGCUCCUGAUUCAAGAAAUUCGUUAUUAAACUGUUUUCUCUCUUCUGAUGUAGCAUAAAUUGUCCUGAGUUGAACUGCCAGUAGAUGACCAGUCACAUGUGAGCCAUUUCUCACUUGCCAGUCUUUGCUCAUAUUUAAAACAACUUACGAAUGUUGUUUUUGUAUCUAACCUCUGAUUAUUAAAAUGUUUAUAAAGUUUAUUUUUACCAAAGAAAUGCAAUUCAUUAUGAUAAAGUAUUACAGAAUAAACAUUGUUUUAUAACA